ACCGAUUGGACGCGUUUUGAGCGCUUGGCCAGCAGAAAGGCCAGUAUUUUCCACUCGGGGCUACGCGUGCGCGUCUCUGCAAAGUCAAAGGCAAAGACAAUCGAAAAGCCAAAAGCCAGAGGUAAACGCAAACACAAAGUAACAACUUCGACGCUCGAAAUUACCGGUUUUUCGCCAACAAUCGCCGCUCUCUGUGAAUUUUUAGCGCGCGGUCUUUCCUUUUGCCUGCUCUUUUUUUCCGAAAAGUGCGUUGGCUUUUCCUCCAGCAACCACCCCCCUUCGCGGAAAAAUACCCCAGCUUACCGGUCGGGUUUUUAGCCAUAGUCUAUGUUUACUAUAUAUCACGCACGAAAUUUCCCGGAAUCAAAAUAGUUAAAGUGCUAAAGUGAGGCCAGCCAACCUGGCGAGUGCUAAUUAUAAUAUAUUGUGUUGAUAAUACAAUCGCAAGGUGCAAAAGGGGAAAACACGGAUGCGCGAUUUUAAAUGCCAUAUUCCAUAUACAUAUGAUAAAUAUUUAACAAUGCAGCCGUGCAGCUAAAGCGGAUUAUUGGCCACCGACGCGUGGAAAUCCCGAGGCAGAGCAAACAAAGGCCUGCCUGGGCAUCGCAUCAACUUGAGGAAAUACAGAUGGCCACGCCCACAGCACCGCCCACCGAUGAUAAUUGAAUAGGAGCAUUAAUUGCACUGUGGUUUGUUGGUUCCCGCACCACACCCACACACACAUACUCACUCAGCACACACUGUAAUACACACACAGUCACACCCAUCGACCGUAAGAGUCAUGCAGAUGGGGGAUUCCCCUCGAAGACCCAUGGGCCUUGGGCUCCUUGUGCUGGCCGUGCUCCUUGUGGUCCUGCUGCAAUCAAUUCUCGUCGAGAGCUACCUGAUUAUCGUGCACGAGGACACGCCCCCCGGCACCGUUAUCUUCAACGCCUCCGUCUAUAAACUGGGCUCCGAGCGGCACUACAAGAUCAAUGCCCACAAGUCGGCCAACUUUGUGCACCAUCUGGUCUCGGUGAGCCACAAGGAUGGGCAGAUUCAGCUGAGGAAGGCCCUCAAGUGCGAUGGCAUCUAUUACCCCAAUCUGUUCACCUUCUAUGUGGACUCCACCUCGAAUCGACUAAGGAGCAUCGAUUACUACAGCCUGCCGGUGAGGAUCUUCGUCUCGGGGCACAGUUGCAAUGAGGAUAGAAGGAUUGAGCAGGAGCUGCACCACCAUCACUACGAGGAGGAGGACAACACUGGUUAUUCAAAGCGGCGGAGAAGGCGAUCCACCCAGGAAAUAAUCCAGCUGGAUGGCAAUCAGUUGGAGGAGGCUUUCCGCCGGAACAGCACGGAGUUCCGAGCCGGAGAUCUGAUCUUCGGAGACAGCUUCGACAAUGAGAUGCGACACAGGAUACUCAAUCGAAAGAGAAGGGCCGUGGGCUCACCGGAUCCGCUGCAUCUGCAGCCUGCCCUGCAUCGCAGGAUCUCGGAUGCCAAGCAGUGGAUCUCGGAGACAUAUGCCUCCUAUGCCAUCCACACCACCGACAAGUGGAACCAGAUCUGCCUGAGGAGGUCGCAGUUCAUCAACAGCCUGAAUGCCUUUCUGCCGCGAUCGGUUUGCCAGCACUGCAAGGUGAGUUUCCUGGACGUGAACGACGAGCGAUUCGCCAUCGAGCACCAGAGCCGGGAUCUCGUGGCCAGCAGGGAUGUGUGCAUCGCCGAAUCCAUGUGGAAGGUGAGCAUCACCUUCAACAUUCGGUGUGAUCGAAGGGAUAUCGUGGACUCGGACCACCGGCUGAAGAUCGUGUACCAUCAUCAGGAAUUCAACGACACGGAUAUCGCCCGAAGAGUUCGAAGGGAGCUGCGCAAUCAAUCUCCCUACUUCGAACAGGCUCUCUAUGUUGCCUCCGUUCUCGAGGAGCAACCCGCUGCCGCUGCGGUGACCACUGUGCGUGCCCGAGAUCCCGAGGAUUCCCCCGUGGUCUACUCCAUGGUCUCCCUGCUGGACUCCCGCUCUCAGUCGCUUUUCAAGGUGGAUUCCAGGACCGGAGUGGUCACCACCUCGGCCAGUUUGGAUCGGGAGCUCAUGGAUGUCCACUACUUCCGAGUGGUCGCCACCGAUGACAGCUUUCCACCGCGAUCUGGGACGACGACUCUGCAGGUGAAUGUUCUGGACUGUAAUGACCACAGUCCCACCUUUGAGGCGGAACAGUUCGAGGCGAGUAUCCGGGAAGGAGCCACCGUGGGAUCUACAGUCAUCACGCUACGCGCCACCGAUCAGGAUAUUGGAAAGAAUGCGGAAAUAGAGUACGGAAUCGAGGCAGUGACUGAUGGUGCCGGAUUGACUCAGGACCAGGAAAUGCCCAUCUUCCGUAUCGACUCCCGUUCGGGCGUGAUUUCAACGAGAAGCAGCCUGGAUAGGGAGACCUCGGACAGCUACCACCUGUUGGUGACCGCUGCGGACAUGGCAUCGGCACAAAGUGAACGUCGAACGGCCACUGCCAGUGUUCAGGUGAAGGUCCUGGACGACAACGACAACUACCCGCAGUUCAGUGAACGCACCUACACGGUACAAGUGCCUGAGGAUCAGUGGGGAGGCACAGAGGAUAACACUGUGGCCCACAUCCGGGCGACAGAUGCGGAUCAGGGCAACAAUGCAGCUAUACGAUAUGCCAUCAUUGGCGGAAAUACCCAGUCACAGUUCUCCAUCGACUCAAUGUCUGGUGAUGUAAGUCUGGUAAAGCCUCUGGACUACGAAAGUGUGCGCAGCUACAGGCUGGUGAUUCGGGCCCAGGACGGUGGCAGUCCCUCCAGAAGCAACACCACCCAGCUUCUGGUGAACGUUAUUGACGCAAAUGACAAUGCCCCGAGGUUCUACACCUCGCAGUUCCAGGAGAGCGUCCUCGAGAAUGUCCCAGUGGGGUAUAAUAUCAUUCGGGUGCAGGCCUACGAUUCCGACGAAGGUGCCAAUGCCGAGAUCACCUAUAGUAUUUCGGAGAGAGACGACAACUUUCCACUGGCCGUGGAUCCCCGAACCGGUUGGGUGCAGACCAUCAAGCCACUGGAUCGCGAGGAGCAGGGUCGCUUUGCUUUCCAGGUGGUGGCCAAAGAUGGUGGUGUUCCUCCCAAGUCAGCCAGUUCAUCGGUGGUGAUCACUGUGCAGGAUGUGAAUGACAACGAUCCGGCCUUCAACCCAAAGUACUACGAGGCGAACGUGGGAGAGGAUCAACCGCCAGGGACCCCGGUCACCACAGUCACAGCCACGGAUCCUGAUGAGGAUUCCCGCCUGCACUACGAGAUUACAACGGGCAACACAAGAGGACGCUUUGCGAUCACAUCCCAGAAUGGCAGAGGACUCAUCACCAUCGCCCAGUCCCUGGACUACAAGCAGGAGAAGCGCUUCCUGCUCACGGUGGCGGCCACAGAUUCCGGAGGACGUUCCGACACGGCCACAGUACACAUAAACAUCACGGAUGCCAACAACUUUGCUCCUAUCUUCGAGAAUGCUCCCUACAGCGCUUCGGUGUUUGAGGAUGCCCCAGUGGGAACCACCGUCCUCGUGGUUUCCGCCACCGAUAGCGAUGUGGGAGUGAAUGCCCAGAUCACCUACUCCCUGAACGAGGAAAGCAUCAAUGGAUUGAGCAGUCCGGAUCCAUUUUCCAUCAAUGCUCAAACGGGUGCGAUUGUGACGAAUGCCCCUCUGGAUCGGGAGACCACCAGUGGAUACCUACUUACGGUGACGGCCAAGGAUGGGGGUAAUCCCUCGUUGAGUGACACCACCGACGUGGAGAUCGGAGUGACGGAUGUGAAUGACAAUGCCCCUGCUUUCAAAAGCCCACUGUACCAAGCAUCUAUUCUGGAGGAUGCCCUCGUGGGAACUUCGGUGAUCCAGGUGGCAGCCAGUGAUCCCGAUGUGGGGCUCAAUGGACGUAUCAAAUACCUGCUGAGUGAUCGCGACGUAGAGGAUGGUUCCUUUGUAAUCGAUCCCACAUCGGGCACUAUUCGCACCAAUAAGGGUUUGGACAGGGAGAGCGUGGCUGUCUUCCAUCUGACCGCCAUUGCCGUGGACAAGGGAUCACCACCGCUUUCAAGCACCGUGGAGGUGCAAAUCCGUUUGGAGGACGUUAAUGAUUCACCACCGACCUUUGCCUCGGACAAGAUCACUCUAUAUGUGCCGGAGAAUUCGCCAGUGGGCUCCGUGGUGGGUGAGAUCCAUGCCCACGAUCCCGACGAAGGCGUCAACGCAGUGGUCCACUAUUCCAUCAUCGGAGGCGACGACUCCAAUGCGUUUUCCCUGGUCACCCGACCUGGGUCCGAGCGAGCCCAACUGCUGACCAUGACGGAACUGGACUACGAAUCCACUCGAAAGAGAUUCGAGUUGGUGGUAAGGGCAGCAAGUCCUCCACUGCGCAACGAUGCCCACAUCGAGAUCCUGGUCACAGAUGUCAAUGAUAAUGCUCCAGUGCUGCGGGACUUCCAGGUGAUAUUCAACAACUUCCGUGAUCACUUUCCUAGUGGAGAGAUCGGGAGGAUUCCAGCCUUCGAUGCGGAUGUGAGUGAUAAGCUGCACUACAGGAUUCUGUCGGGAAAUAAUGCCAACCUACUGCGGUUAAACAGCAGCUCGGGAGGAUUGGUGCUGAGUCCCCAGCUGAACACCAAUGUGCCCAAGUUCGCCACCAUGGAGGUGUCCGUAUCCGAUGGCAUCAACGAGGCCAAGGCCAUCAUGCAGCUGUCGGUUCGCCUGAUCACCGAGGACAUGCUCUUCAACUCGGUGACGGUGCGAUUGAACGAGAUGACCGAGGAGGCCUUCUUGUCACCCUUGCUAAACUUCUUUUUAGACGGACUGGCUGCCAUUAUUCCCUGUCCCAAGGAGCACAUCUUCGUGUUCAGCAUCCAAGAUGAUACGGAUGUCAGUUCACGCAUCUUGAACGUCAGCUUCUCAGCUCGACGACCGGAUGUCUCCCACGAGGAGUUCUACACGCCGCAGUAUCUCCAGGAGCGCGUCUACUUGAAUAGGGCCAUCCUUGCCCGCCUGGCCACCGUGGAGGUGUUGCCCUUCGACGACAAUCUCUGCGUGCGGGAACCCUGCCUGAACUUCGAGGAGUGCCUGACUGUCCUGAAGUUCGGCAAUGCCUCCGAGUUCAUCCACAGCGAUACGGUGCUCUUCAGACCCAUCUAUCCGGUGAAUACGUUUGCCUGCUCCUGUCCGGAGGGCUUCACGGGCAGCAAGGAGCACUACCUGUGCGACACGGAAGUGGAUCUCUGCUACUCAGAUCCCUGCCAGAAUGGAGGAACCUGUGUGCGGCGCGAAGGUGGCUACACCUGCGUCUGCCCGUCUACGCAUACCGGCUUGAAUUGUGAUACUGGAGUUGGUCAACUGCGUCCGUGUCCCUCGGAGACUUGCGAGGGUGGUUUAUCCUGCCUGAGCAGUUACCCCAGCUCUCAACCUCCUCCCUACACGGCCACCUGUGAACUGAGAGCUCGCUCAUUCGGACGUAACUCCUUCCUGACCUUCGAGAGUCUCAAGCAGAGGCAUCGCUUCAAUCUCAAGCUCCGCUUUGCCACCGUUCAGGAGAAUGGAUUGCUCCUCUACAAUGGAAGAUACAACGAGCUGCACGACUUCAUUGCCCUGGAGAUCCAUGAGGGUCAUGUAAGCUUCUCCUUCUCGUUGGGCGACCACAGCGAAAGGGUAUCGGUGUUGCAGGAGGUCAAGGUCUCCGAUGGGAAGUGGCACCAGGUGGAGGUGGUCUACCUGAACAGGACUGUCACCUUGGUGCUGGAUAAUUGCGACACGGCCAUUGCUCUGUCGGGGCAACUGGGUGACAGGUGGAGCUGCGCCAACCGCACUACUCUGAAAUUGGACAAACGCUGCUCCUUGCUUACGGAGACCUGUCAUCGCUUCCUGGACCUCACUGGACCACUGCAGGUGGGUGGACUUCCCCGCAUCCCUGCACACUUUCCGGUGGCCAAUCGGGACUUCGUGGGCUGCAUCUCAGAUCUCCGCAUCGACGAUAGAUAUGUUGAUCUCAACUCUUAUGUGGCGGACAAUGGAACUCUGGCGGGUUGUCAGCAGAAGGCUCCACUCUGUCAAUCGGAGCCAUGUUUCAAUGGCGGAACCUGUCGCGAGGGCUGGGGCACCUACUCCUGCGAAUGUCCCGAGGGAUAUGCUGGGAAUAGCUGCCAGGACAAUAUACCCGCUCCCUGGCGCUUCUCAGGGGAUGGCAGUCUUAGCUUCAAUCCCCUCCUGCGGCCGAUCCAAUUGCCCUGGACCACUUCUUUCUCCCUGCGAACGCGUCAGAAGGAGGCAUUCCUAUUGCAAAUCCAAAUCGGACAGAACAGUUCGGCGGCGGUUUGUCUGAGGCAGGGAGUCCUGUACUACAUAUUUGAUGGAGAGCCCAUGUAUCUGGCUGGGGCCUUUCUCUCCGAUGGAGAGUGGCACAGAGUGGAGAUUCGCUGGCAGCAGGGCUCCGAAAUCCACUUCUCCGUGGACUACGGACAACGAUCUGGUUCGGUGCCGAUGUCGCAGAAGGUGCAAGGACUCUAUGUGGGCAAGAUAGUGAUGGGCAGUCCGGAUGGCAGUAUUGGAACGGUUCCCGAGGCAUCUCCCUUCGAGGGCUGCAUUCAGGAUGUGCGCAUUGGAGCGGGUCAAUCGGUUCUCUCCAGGCCAACCAUUCGGGAGAAUGUGGAGGAUGGCUGUGAAUCAAGGGCCCAGUGUCCUGAUCACUGUCCCAACCACUCCUCCUGCCAGAGCACCUGGGAUCUGUCCACCUGUGAGUGUGACUCAGGCUACGUGGGUGCCGACUGUGCCCCUAUCUGCACGGUGAGACCAUGUGCCUCUGGAGUCUGCAGGGCAAACACCAGUUUGUCCCGGGGAUACGGAUGUGAGUGCAACAGCAGCUCCCGACAUGGGGAUUACUGCGAGAGGGAACUCCAGCAACCUUGUCCUGGAGGAUGGUGGGGUGAAAGAGUAUGUGGUCCGUGUAGAUGUGAUCUGGCCCAAGGAUACCACCCGGACUGCAACAAGACCACCGGUCAGUGCUACUGCAAGACGAACCACUACCAACCGCCCAACGAGACCGCCUGCCUCUCCUGCGAUUGCUACUCCAUCGGAAGCUUCAGUGGAGCCUGCAACCCGCUGACGGGACAAUGUGAGUGUCGCGAGGGAGUCAUCGGUCGGCGAUGCGACUCCUGCUCAAAUCCCUAUGCCGAGGUAACCCUCAGCGGCUGCGAGGUGGUCUACGAUGCCUGUCCCCGCUCCUUCGCCGGCGGCGUCUGGUGGCCACGUACUCCUCUUGGCGGAGUAGCCAUCGAAGGAUGUCCUGCGCCGGCUCGUGGAAAGGGACAACGCAGCUGCGAUGCCCAGUCGGGAAGUUGGAACACCCCAGACAUGUACAACUGCACCUCAGAACCCUUCGUUGAGCUGCGUCGCCAGCUGUCCCAGCUGGAGAAACUGGAACUUGAGCUCAACUCCUUUGUGGCCAUCAAGAUGGCGGAGCAGCUGAGAAAGGCCUGCGAAACGGUGGACAGAAGGGGUGCUAGCAAGGAUCAGAAGGCACCGGGAAAUGGUCGCCCCAACAGGCGCUAUAAAAUGGAGUCCUCCUUCCUGCUCAGCAAUGGCGGGAACGUCUGGUCCCACGAACUCGAGAUGGACUACCUCUCCGACGAGCUGAAGUUCAGCCAUGAUCGUCUGUAUGGCGCCGAUCUCCUGGUGACGGAAGGUCUUCUCCAGGAGCUGAUCAACUACGAGCUCAUGCAGAGCGGUCUGAACCUAUCCCACAGUCAGGACAAGUACUUCAUCAAGAACCUGGUGGAUGCAGCUAGUGUUAUUCUGGACAGGAAGUACGAGGCGGAGUGGCGAAGGGCCACGGAACUGAUUCAGAGGGGUCCCGACGACCUGGUGGAUGCAUUCAACAAGUAUCUAGUUGUCUUAGCUCGCUCCCAACACGACACUUAUACAAGUCCCUUCGAGAUCGUGCAGCCCAACAUGGCCCUCGGCCUGGACAUUGUGACCACGGAGUCACUUUUUGGCUACGAGCCUGAGCAGCUGAGUGAGUAUCACCGGAGCAAGUACCUCAAGCCGAAUGCCUUCACCACCGAGAGUGUGGUGCUGCCCGACACAAGUGGCUUUCUACAGCACUCGGCUCGCCAGCGACCAGUGAUCAGUUUCCCCAAGUACAACAACUACAUUCUGGAUCGCAGGAAGUUCGAUCAGCACACCAAGGUCCUGGUUCCACUAGAGAUGCUUGGGAUUACGCCCCCUGAGAGUGAUGAGAUCUCACAGAGUGGAAGGAGGGGAGGUAGCCACGACCAUCGGGCCAUCGUGGCGUAUGCGCAAUACAAGGAUGUGGGUCAGCUGCUGCCCGAUCUCUAUGAUGAGACCAUAACACGUCGGUGGGGUGUAGACGUAGAAUUGGCCACUCCCAUUCUCUCCCUGCAAAUUCUGGUGCCUUCACUGGAAAGGGAAACUCAGGAGACACAACGAAUGGAGAUCCCCACGAGGAAGAUCUCCUCAUCCUCUUCAUCUUCUUCCUCGGGCAGCUCGGAGCAGCAGUUUGUGGAGGUGUUCGAUGUGCCCAAAGCUCCAACCAGCAGUAGUGAACAGCAGAUUGAGGACAUAAGGAUCACAGCCCAUGAGAUUCCACCACCAGUUUCCUCAGGAGAACAACAGGAGGCCUCGAGUGGUGAAGAUGGUGAAGAGCGGGAUCCCCAUAUCCGCUUGAAUCUCGACGACAUUGAGUUCCAUGGCAACUCCGGCGAGGAAAUCGUAUCCCCAGAUUCCCCGGAGGUGCUCAAUCCAAACUAUGAAGGUGUCAGUUCCACCGGAAGCGAUGAGCAGCCCAAAGGUGAGAACGAGGCGGUUUACAGGGAUCGCCGGCUGGUCAAAAGGCAAGUGGAGAUCACUUAUCCCUCGGAGCAAAUGCAGCAAUCCGAGCAAGUGGUCUAUCGAUCACUGGGUUCGCCUCAUCUGGCGCAACCCAUCAAGCUGCAGAUGUGGCUGGAUGUGGAUGCUGCUCGCUUUGGACCCCGUUCCAACCCCCAGUGCGUCCGCUGGAACUCCUUCACCAAUCAGUGGACUCGACUGGGUUGCCAGACGGAGAUUCCCGACUUCGAUGGCGACUUUAAUCCCGCGGCACAGCCAGCUAUACUGGUGAACUGCAGCUGCACUCACAUCUCCAGUUAUGCUGUGAUUGUGGAUGUAAUCGAUCCGGAGGACAUUCCGGAGCCCUCGCUCCUGGUGCAGAUCACCUCGUACUCGGCCUUCCUGGUCUCACUCCCCCUGCUGCUGGGAGUUCUUCUCGCCUUGGCCCUUCUACGAGGUCAGCAAACCAACUCGAACACCAUCCACCAGAACAUCGUGCUCUGCGUCUUCUGCGCGGAGCUCCUCUUCUUCGUGGGAAUGCAGUCCCGCCGGCAGCUCCUGGAGAGCGAGUUCCCCUGCAAGCUGACGGCCAUCUGCCUCCACUACUUCUGGCUGGCAGCCUUCGCCUGGACCACGGUGGACUGCGUCCAUCUCUACCGAAUGCUCACCGAGAUGCGGGACAUCAAUCAUGGGCCAAUGGGCUUCUACUUCGCCAUGGGCUACGGCGCUCCAGCUAUCGUCGUCGGACUUUCUGUUGGCGUUCGGGCUCAUGAAUACGGAAAUAGCUUGUUCUGCUGGCUGUCGGUCUACGAACCCGUGGUGUGGUGGCUAGUGGGUCCAAUUGCGGGCAUGUCCGUGGUCAACCUGCUCAUCCUGUUCGUCUCCGUCAAGGCAGCCUUCACCCUGAAGGACCACGUCCUUGGAUUCGGUAACUUGCGAACCCUCCUCUGGCUUUCGGUGGUGUCGCUCCCCUUGAUGGGCGUCAUGUGGGUCCUGGCCGUGCUGGCCGCAUCGGAGCACUCCCAGCUGCUGAGCCUGCUGCUCUCCGGCGUGGUGCUCCUCCACGCGCUCUUUUGCCUCAUCGGCUACUGCAUCAUCAACAAGCGGGUGAGGGAGAAUCUCCAGCGCACCUGCCUGCGUUGCAUGGGUCGCAAGGUGCCGCUCCUGGACUCCUCCAUGGUGGUCAGCAACAGCUCCCACAAUGUGAAUGGAGCGGCGAGGCCGAGCAACUUCCUGGCAGGUGGCUAUGAUACCACAACAAGGAGAAAUAUAGGAAUCAGCGCAAGUAGCACCACUUCGAGGAGUACGGCCAAGACGAGCUCGAGUCCUUAUAGCGAUGGCCAGCUAAGGCAGACCUCCACAUCCACCUCGAACUACAAUUCAGCCAGCGAUGCCCCCAGUUUCUUGCGGGGAUUCGAGUCCUCCACCACUGGAAGGAGUAGGGGUGGCGAGGAGAAGCCAUCGCGACGCCAGAGGAAGGAUUCGGACUCCGGCUCCGAAACAGACGGCAGAUCUCUAGAGCUAGCAAGCAGUCACUCCAGCGAUGACGAUGAAUCCCGUACAGCUCGAUCCUCUGGAACACAUCGCAGUACGGCCGUGAGCUCGACUCCCGCCUAUUUGCCCAACAUCACGGAGCACGUGCAGGCCACCACUCCGCCGGAACUGAACGUGGUCCAGAGUCCCCAGCUCUUCCCGAGUGUCAGCAAACCGGUCUACGCACCCCGUUGGUCCAGUCAGCUGCCGGAUGCCUAUCUGCAGUCGCCUCCGAACAUUGGACGCUGGUCCCAGGACACGGGAUCGGAUAACGAACAUGUCCAUGGGCAGGCCAAGAUGACCAUCUCGCCGAAUCCUCUGCCCAAUCCCGAUCUCACGGAUACCAGUUACCUGCAACAGCAUCACAAUAAAAUCAAUAUGCCUCCUUCGAUCCUGGAGAACAUCCGAGAUGCUCGCGAUGGCUACGAGGACAGUCUGUACGGCAGGAGAGGAGAAUAUUCGGAUAAGUACGGCUCCUACAAGCCACCCAGUCACUAUGGCAGCGAGAAGGAUUACCCCGGCGGAGGAAGUGGAUCCCAGACCAUUGGUCACAUGCGGAGUUUCCACCCGGAUGCCGCCUAUCUGAGUGACAAUAUAUACGACAAGCAGCGAACGCUGGGAAGUGGCUACUUGGGUGCCAAGUCGGAGUCGCCCUACCUCUCUAAAGAUCGGAUUACACCGGAUAUCUAUGGAUCCCGGGAUGGUCACUAUAGCCUCAAGAGGCAGCCAGCUUAUGCCACGGAUUCCCUGCAUUCGGUACAUUCCCUGCUGAAGAACGAUUACCACCAGCAGCAACAGCAACAGCAGCAGCAGCAGCAACAUCAGCAGCAGCAACACCAUUUGCAGGACAGACUGUCCGAGGGCUCGGAUAAGAAUGGCUACCAUUUUCCCUACACCGCCGAGGAGGACCACCUGCCCGCCAGGAAGCUGAGCCACACCCAGCCGCCCUCGCUCCACGGAUCCCAGCUUAUGCAGCCUCCUGGCCUGGGGCUGGUCAACGAUGUGAACAAUCCGGGAUUAAUUGCCAGGCAUCCCUUGAACGGAGGUUCCCGACACAGUUCCAGAGCCUCCUCGCCGCCUUCAAGUAUGGUGGCUCCCAUGCAGCCCCUGGGACCACUGACCAGCAUCACGGACACUGACUCAGAGUUCGACAUUAUUUGGCUGCAUCGCAGGCAACAGAGGCAACAAUAUCCCUGGUCGCUAACAAUAUGGCGGAAUAUUGAUGAUGACGAAACCACAGUGUGACGACUGACCCAGCAGCAACAAAGGCAGCAGCAGCAGCAACAGUUGAGGCUGCAGCAGAAGCAGCAGCAGCAGCACCUGCAACACCUGCAACAAUUGCAGCAGCAACGCACCAAACAGCAACAGCAAACGCAAUACUUUGCCACCAUUAGACGCAAGCCGCAGUACAGGAUUCACACGAAGGACUGAGGUCCUUUGUCGUCGACAUCCGUAGCAUAGUUUGCGGGGCACCUGCCAUAGGUCCAUCAUCCAUUCAAAACCUUGUACAUACCACGCACCCACUUAAUUUUACGUAAACACAGCUUAGUACACCCACAAUUGAUGGGCAUAAAUAUUUAUACGAUCCCCUAGCAUUUACAUAAUUUAAAGCGCCAGUUGCAUUUCGUUUGGCAUCGCAUAAUUUCGCAUGUGCAUUAUGCACAUCUAUAGGCACACGGAAAUACUCAGCUUUAGCCCUGUGUAUGUAUUAUAACAUUAUAACAUAUAAUUAUGUAUUUAAACAAGAGUCAGACUGAUUUUAUGCAUUUUACGUUCUGCUAUCUACACUUAAGCCCCACUCGAAACAUUCAGAGAGCAUUUAGGUCCAAUUACCCUAGGUUCGAUAUGGGUUCGGAAUGCGACAUUAGCUAGAGCAAACUGCGAGUAAACAAAGUCUAUAAGGUAGGAGAACAUUGUGUGUGCCUCGAGCUUAUUAUGCCAAAUUAGUUGAAGUCCAUGGGGGAACUUGUAAAUGAAAAAUAAUCUGCGCAAGGUUUGCAAUUCAUUUGCCUAGCAUCCGCACACGUUGCCAUUUAGUUUUGGAGUUAGUUUUAAUCGAUAGCACCUACUAUCCCUACCAAUGUUGCGAAUGUACCAUACAGAAAUCUAAAUAUAUACGCCAGCAAGUAAAAUAAAUUCAGGACACCCGCACGUAUUUAUGGGAAAUAUGAAUAUAAUUAAAGACACAAGCGCAACAGCAAUAUAUAUACUCGAAUACAUAUAUCUGUCUAUAAUAUCGGAAUCCUGGCUGAAAGCAGCUCGCUCAACAGUUUGAUCCCCGACCCAGCAAUAGCCACUCGUGUCCCUGAAAAACUGUGUACAAUCUAUAAAUAAUUCAUAGGCGGAACUUACUGCAUUUGAACUCCACUCAACUGCCACUCAUAAGCUAUGGAUUGCGCUUGAAUGUGGCACACAGUAUAUGAUAUUUAUGUGAAUUGACUUAUUUAAUUGUAAAUUAUACAAGUAUAU